GUCCACGACACCACGAGCCUUCCCUCUCGCUGUGUACGGCCUGCUACGGAUUCUCUCCCCUUGCGCUUUCCUUCUUUCCCCUUCGUCCUUCUCUCCUCCAUUCCGCGACUUCGAACCGGCCUGCAUUCGCCCCCGCCAGAGCCACGACAACGCAGCACCUCCGCCGUCACAUUGCCGCAUCACCGACUUGGCCGAGCUGUUUCGCAGCUGACCUCCCCUGCACGUACGCGCUUGGACGAACCGCAAUAUAUCCCUGCCGGAUGCGUGCACGACAAUAGAGCUCCAGCAUAUUUUGCUGCCCUCAAUCUCUGCCCUCUCCACGAUCGCGCUGCUAGCCGCCACCUCCCAGCAUGCGCCCGCUUCGGCUGCUUCUGUCACUAUGCUCCAGUCUAAUAGCUAUUACACUACUACUCUACAUCGGAUUUGGCUCGCACAGUGAGGGCGAGCUCCGGCAAGCUCCCGCGCCGGAACAGAAGAGUGGCCUCAAGGCCCUCUUCUCGUUUACGUCACCAGGCUCGCUCUUCCCCCCAUCCGCUAUAAUCAGCCUUACCGACGACAACUCUACAUUCUUCCUCGCCCGACCUGCUGCGUUUGGGCCUCCGCUGCCGUCGAAGGGCCUGAGCGGCCCGCUAUGGAUUGGAAACGGGUUUGGCGACGACGCCAUGUGGACGGGCGAGCUAGGCUGCAGCGAUGUGCCUGGCUGGGAUGACGGAGGCGACAAUACUGGAAUGGUGGGGUUGGAGACUGCAUCGGAUGCUAAAGCGCAAGCACCCAGCCCGCCGGACAACGGCAGAUAUCCUCCGCGGGAAAGACAACGACGAAGCAAGAACAUUGCCGACACUCUAGCGCCUGCAGGGGACGACGAUGGCACGGACGACCAUCUCCACAAAUCGCUCUCAGCGUCUGGCACACCGAAGAGUCACAGCGGAAAAGCAGGACACGCCGAUAUCCAGUCGCUCCAAGAAGGCGCGGAAAUCGCGGGAAAAGUGGUCUUGUUAAAGAGGGGUGGUUGCGGGUUUCUCGAAAAGGUUCUGUGGGCUCAAAGAAGGGGCGGGGUCGCACUGAUAGUAGGAGACGAUGUCCGUGGAGGAGGCUUAGUACGCAUGUACGCUCACGGAGACACGUCCAACGUCAGCAUUCCGGCUCUCUUCACGUCGCAUACGACCGCACAUCUACUUUCGUCGCUACUGCCGACUGGAGGCCUUGUCCAAGACCUUUCGCCGGAAGAUGUAGCGAAGCUUAAUCUCAUUAAGAGCGGGAAAGGGGGCAAGAACAGCAUGCAUCAGGACAAACCUGGGAAGAAGCAAGAGAAGGCUGGUGGUCCUACGGCUACCCAGAGCUCCCUCAAGACGGCUCAACCCUCGAAAGCUGGAAAAGCCACCGAAGUCAAGCAGCAGCCAGAUCGCUCCGAGGUAGGCUGGUUCCGCUCAUUUCUCUCUGCGCUCGGCUUAGGGAGCUCCGCAAGAACAACAACGAAGGGUGACAAUCGAAGACCUCCGAGUAGUGGAACGCUCGACUGGGUUCUUGUGGAACAUUGGGAUGAGGAGCAGAAGCCUGCGAAAACCGGUUUGGCGAGCGCAAAGCCUACAUCAAGCCGCGCACCGGAGGAUUUUGUGAUCGGAGAGCAGGACUGGCGUGACCCCGACCUGGUACCGAAAGCCACCUCGACAUCUAUCAAGUCGAACCAGAGCCCCACCCCCGAUAGCGGCCUUAAAGGCGGCAGCAUCCGACCCAGCAGCGGCGAGUAUACAGAAGGCGACACCGGAGAGAGCAGAGGGUGGAUAAACUAUCUGUUGGGUGGCAGAAGGGACGAUGCGCCGCAAGCUGGCUCGGGACCCACCCUUGGAAGCGACACUCCGUCUUCAAGGAACGCUCAUUCCAAAGAUGACGAUGAAACGCCGGAAGAACCCGAACCGCAUGAAGGCCUAUGGGUCACCCUUACCCCUACUAAUAUGUCAACAAGCCCGUUCUUCGAUACCUUACUUGUCUUGGUUGUUAGUCCUCUGGUUACUUUGACUGUAGUAUACGCACUUCUUCUACUACGAUCUCGGAUUCGGCGUCGACGCUGGAGAGCGCCCAAGUCGUUAGUCGAGCGCCUACCUGUUCGAACGUACCAUACCAUCAGCGACAGCUCACCUUCUGCAACACCUGGUGCAUCCUCGCCUACCACCCCACUUCUUCAACACACGCCACCACGACCUACAUCAUCCCUCUCUCGGCCGCAAUCUCGAACAGAAUCGGAAGUUCCCGCCACGUCAUCAUCUUUUCACCAAGCUCAUAGGAGGACGGAAGAAGAGAAGCGCGAGUCUGGGCUAGCUGAGUGGAGACGGCGAUAUGGUGGACGACAGAAGGAGUGUGUUGUCUGCCUGGAAGAAUACGUCGACGGUAUCAGCCGCGUCAUGAGCCUACCGUGUGGCCAUGAAUUCCACGCGGACUGCAUAACACCAUGGCUCGUCACACGGCGCCGGACCUGUCCUAUCUGCAAAGGCGAUGUCGUACGUUCUCUAUCGCAAUCUUACUACGACCGCACUGUUGAAGCGUCGUCCUCGCGCUUCUAUGACGACCCAGAUGAUGUCCAGGCUGAAGCCGCAGAGUCACGUAAUGACUCGCCCGCAGCGUCGAGACCAGUCCCUAUAUCAUCCGACAGCCUUGACGCUGACAUCGAAGCCAACUGGGGGGAUGAAGACGAGGACAGAGGACGAGACAGCCCGCGAGAGCAGACGGAUGGCUUGAGCAGCUCCUUUAGAGAGGUCAGCUCUUCUGUUGCGACAACGAUUUGGAGGGGCCUUGACGCUGUGAGAACCGCGACUGGCCUCCAACGAAGACCCAGUCGGGAAGAGGUCGAUCGGGACCGAUAGACGUUCGGUUGUUAAUAGCUUGGAUUUGGCAUGUGCAUUGGGUUGGAGUAAGUCUUAGUUCAUGACUUGCUGUCAUAGUGUUUAAGUUUUGGAAGGAUACCUUGUGCAUAGGAAAGGGAAGUAUAGAUGCCCGCAUUCGGAGUUGGGACCACGACAUGAAUCGACUCAAUUUUUAUCAUGGAGAAGUGUUCAACUUCUCCGCUCCACUCCACUUCACGUCACAUUAAUUUUCCCUUCUCAUGCUUCAUGCUCCAUCACUUUGUUUUCCAAACUUCUUUGCGUUCGCUUUGCAUCACUCU